AUGGCGGACGCCCCAGUCCUCGAUCUCGAAGCAUAUCCCACCGCAAAGGAAUUCGUGUCCAAAUGCCACGAGUUCUUCAGGGAGGUCAAGAACCUGACCCCGGGUAAAGACCUCGAGGCCCGACUGAACCGGGAGUACGGCCCGGGCACGCCCUUCUACGAGGCCUUUGCGCACUACAUGCGCGUGGGCCUCGAGGAAGGCUGGGUCGCGCGCGACGAACUCGACGGGCCCAAGUACCGGCGCGGGCGCGUCGCCCCGCCCACGCCGGAGAGCAGCUUCAUCUCCAUCACGACCGUGUACAUGGAUUCGAAGGAGGUGUAUCGGGGCCAGUACCAUCAGCAUCCGUACGGGGAGAUCAACUGCGUCAUCUUGGUGGACGAAACGGCCGAGUUGAGAGGCAUGCAGGGCUGGCAGGGGGCAGGUUGGACCAGCCCGGGGCCAGGGACGCACCAUUAUCCCGAAGUAAGAGGCGGUGCAUUGGUGGCCCUGUUCUUCUUGCCAGCGGGCAGAAUCAGUUAUGAGGCGACGCCGGAUAUGCCGCAGCCAGCGUCUUUAUAGGACGGCUCUGCAAGCUGGAAGAUGGCGGUAGCCUUGGGUAGCGGGGCUUCAUUGUCGAUGCCGCCACUUUAUGGUAGCUGGAUGCAUUGGUCGUGAGAACAUGGACUGACGAGGUGUAAUAAGUUAG